UGGGAUGGUGCUGAGGGGGCGGGAAGGAAAUAAGUAGGUGGGCCGCUUUCGUCCGGCUAGUUUCAACCUGUAGACAGUCGUCGGUGAGACUACCAGUGUCCUGGUUCGGUCCACAAUGCUCGUGAGAGUCCUUCUCGUCCUCCUCUCCGUGGCUGCGUUGACCAGAGCAGCCGCAAUCCCUAACCGCGUGAACGACGGAAUGCCUAACUGUGACCUGUACCACCUUCCCAUUUGCACCCGGGAGUACAUACCUGUGUGUGGAUCGGACGGGAAGACGUACUCGAACGAGUGCAUGCUGUGCCUCGAGAACCUGGAGAAGAAGACCAGCACUCACAUAGUCAGAAAGGAGGCCUGUUAGGUCAGACGUCCACAACAUCAGCUGGCCCUGCAAACCAAAUAUGAUCUUAAUUUUUUAAUACCAUGAUUGCUUUGUGAUCUUACCAUUUUAAUUUUCUUUUAUUUUGGUCUUUGUAGUAUUCUAGCUUUUAUCUUAAUUAAAGAGUCUUCAGUUGUAUAAGA